CCAGCUGCUCAAGACUGUCUUCCCAAGCAACCCUGAGGUUUCCACACAUGUUGAUCACCUUUAACAGUUUGUUGCUGCCCACUGCCUGCUGUAGAUGGUUUCACAGAGGAAGGAGGGGAGAGGAGCUAGAUAGUUGGCAGCGGGGGCUGUUGAGGGGAGGAGAAGGUUGGUGAAAAUUCCAGAGUGCUCAGUGGAGGUGAGCACCACACUUGAACUGCCCCAACACAGCUGGAGGGAGAGAGAGCGAGGGAGGGAAAGGGGAAGGUUGUUUCAAAAUAGAAGGCGCCGCUUAAAUAACAGUGAAAAUGCAUUGGCUGAGAUUUCACAGAAUUUACGAUGGGAUUUGAGAGAGGAGACCAGAGGAAGAGCUACCUCAGUCUCCAAACCCCAAUGGAAGUGGGAGAGCACUAAUGCUCCCCUGACUGUGUGAUGUGGACAUGGAGAAAGUGGCCUCGGCAGACUCCUUUCUCCCCAUGCCUCGUGUGCCACAGAGGGCCGAGCCCCAGACCCUCCACCCUGGUACAGAAGACGACCAACCCUCCUACAGCCCCAGACCCACCUCGUCCUCCCCAUGCCCCCUCAGCCAGCUCCUGCUCCAGCAGCAACCCGGGCCCCCGGGAUCAGCCGUGUCGCCUGUGAAAUUCAAGGUCAAGGCCCUGUCUGAGCGCAACAAGACAGCCUUCAAAGCUGACAUGGAUAAGAAGGCCUCCCCUGUGCCCUCCUCCCUAUUCAGUCCCUCGCUUGUGAGCUGGGGCUCCAGCAGUAGCGAUGACGAUGCAGAGUCCCAGGGUUACACGUUCUCGCCAGUUGUGCCUGACAGCCUGAUAGAGGGGGCAGGGAUGGCUGGGUUGGACUUCAGCCUGCUAGCACUCCCACGCGGCCUGGGCAAGGGCAGGGAGCUCAAGGGCUCCAGCCGAGAGAACCUCUCUGUCAUUAGUGCCAACGCUAGUCCCCUGGAGGAUAACGUUAGUGCCGCUAACGUGACUAAACCCUGGGGCCAGCUGAGGAAGGCCAAGGGGCACAGCAGGGUGGGCAGGGAGCUGCUACGCAGGGACAGCCUGGAGGGUCUGAGGCGGUGUAUGGGCGAGCUGGGGUCCCAGGGGGAAACGUUUGGCCUGUGGAGGGCCAACAGCCUGGAGAGUGUGUGCAGCAACCGGAGCUUCACAUCUCUGGCAGAGAGGGUGGAGAUGAACCGGGGCCUCCUCAAGCAGAUACUGAACAAGAGCCAGGGACCGGAGCCAGGGUCCACAAAAAACCUGGAGAGAGAGCAGAAGGCAGAGGUGACCCCAUGCAACGGAAGAGAUUUCAUUACCCUGCAUGACAGUGACUGGGACUCAGGCAUCUCCCUCCAAGACAGCGAGCACAGCCGAAGGGCCUUUGUGUCCAGCGAGGACCUGCCGCUGAGUCAGCGCCAUGAGCAGGCCAAGCAGCUCCUGGAGAGAGCCCGCAUGAAGGACCGGUCCUUCCCACUCAAGGCCGACCACACUAUCCUACCCAUACAGAGGGACAACCCGGAGCAGCUGUCCACGGCUGGAGCUCCCGUUCACCGGGCUCCUCUGGUGGGGAAGGGAGGUGUGUCAUCGGCGAUAGUUGCCGCGGUUACCUCGUUGUCAGGAAAUCUCAGUGACUCCUCCAGUGGCGACUCGGCCUGCGGCCCCCGCCGGCGCCCCGGCCAAUCGCCGACACGGGUCCACUUCGAGGACGAAUCAGAGAAAGAUGCGGAGGUGCGCUACUUGGAGAGGCUCCAUCAGCAGAGGAGGGCCCAAGGUCUGCUCAUAUCCAAGCCCAACCUCUCUUCCUAUGUCAACGGGCGGAUGGACACUGAUCCAGGAACUGGAAUAGUGAUCGAGCGAGGACGCUACCUUGAGGGCAGCUUCUUAUGGCACAAGAAGGCUCGCAGGACACAGGAGGGCUACGUAAACAGGGGCAGCAGGGGCCAUUUUAAAGCUGCGGUAGCACAGGAGGCGCUCAACAGGCAGUGCAACUCGUGCGGGACGUUCCUGGAAGGCGGGGACCCGAAUCUGAAACUCCAUCUGAACCCAUCACCCCCGAAAGGGCAGAACGGCCCGGUGAACGGAGAGGGGAAGGGGAAGGUGCUCAUGUCUUGCUGGGUGGCUCCCAGUGAGCCCAGCCAGGCAGUUCUUACCGAGCUGAUCAAGGAGACGUACAUUGGGAAGGUUACCGUCCGCGAUGUGGCGGAUAGCACCGGGACAGGGCGUGGCUGGGCGAGAGAGACGGACAGCAGCAGUGGGAGUGUUCGGGUGUCGACGAUGAAGGUGAAGAGGAGGAGUAGGAGAGGGGAGAUUCUGGGCACCAAUGGGCAUGGAGCACCCAUCACGGUGCCACCAACACCACCAAGGUCCAAUCACAGUUUGGCGGUGGUGCCGCCCAAUCCUUACACCAUUGAGAAACCCGUAUCAAUGGUGGUGGGUUUGCACACUCACUCCCCCGCUCCCCCAGAAGAACCCACAAACUGUCCCCCGUGCCUCAAGAGCAACCCCUUUCCCCCUUCCUCAGUGCCCAUCAAAUCAGCUCUGAAAACAGUACCUAAGACUCUGCCCAAUGGCCAGCUAUCAGUCAAACUCAUGCCUUCACCACAGUACCGCCUUUUGCCCCAGGACUCCCUGGAAGACCAGGAGAGAGGGGCUGCACCCAACCCCCAGAACGAGCACUCUGUUGGGGGGAACUUCAAGGAGGUUGGUCUGUCUUUGGGGCUGACUUCCAGCACUGGCACAAUAAUGCCCUGUAUCAGGCCUGCCUCCCUGCUGAAGACCUCCCCAUCACCAGCAAAGACAGCAGGAGAGAAGUUGGUGCACCCUGUGCCACAGGCACCAGAAGUGGAGAUGCAACAUCCAUGGAUGGGAGAGCUCUCUCUGGGAGGAGUCAACAUCAUAACCCCUCCCCCAUACCACUCUGGGUGUGAUGGACUGGUCAUGGGGCCAAUGAGAGCAGAGCAUCAGAGGGAGGAAAGCACUAGUCCAGCUCAUAUGGUAGGGACAGAGACAGAGCAGCAGGAGGCCAGGUCCAAGCUUUCUCUGCGUCGUUUAUUCUCCGCCAUCGGCCUGAAUGGAGUGGGGAAGCUGGGUAAAGGGCGCUCCAGUAGCAUGGAGCAGCUUAGCUUCCAGCCCCGGGGUGUCCCCCCGGCCUUUCCUGGCCCCAGCUCCAGCUCUAACCCCAGUCCUGCACGCCCAGAACCCAGCCAACUGAGGAAAGCCCCGUCGCUCCAGUCCCUACGCAUGGGGUCACCCUUUAAGCAGCUGAGGAAAUCGUCAUCAGUCCAGAAUGUACAGUCCUGCAAAAAGAAGGGAGAUGGCUCCAGUGCAUACACACCUGGAGACAAGCCCAGCAGCCCUGCUCUCAGUAAGGGCCUCCAGAGGGUUCUGAGUGUGGAGGAUGUGGGCAGCCCCAGUGGGGUGAGCUCGGUGGGCAGGGUGGCCCAGGCCUUCCCUGACGGGACCCUCCUGCUGGAGCUCAGCAGACCUCCCAUAGGACCCUUCGGCUUCCUCCUCUCCCGGGGCAAAGGACGACUCGACUCAGGUGUGUAUGUUGAAGAGAUGGGCGACAGCAGCACAGUGAAGAUGUACGGGGGGCUGCUAGGGGUGGGAGACGAGCUGCUGGAGGUGAACGGUGAGAAGGUGGCCGGCCUCAGUCUGGACCUGGUGACCCGCCUCAUGACCCAGGAGAACAUAGCUUCUGUCCGCGUGCUCCGACACAGGAUGCUCCCCCCUCCUCGCUACACAACCUGAGGACCGCCGGUCACCGUGGUGACACCAUGGGCAAUGCCUUGGAAACCCGCAAUGUAAUGGCAACCAGACACCACAGCAACCACAAACACAAUGGAAACUUGGGGUGUUUGGGGUAUGACAGAUGGACAGUGUGUGUGACCGGCUCAUUGACUGUGAAUAUGUCUAUGGCCGCUCGCUUGCGUAGCGUCUUCUCUCAGAAAUGUUGCGUUAUUCUUCUGAAGACACAUCAAGAUGUUUUACACGAUUGGGUCAUUUUUCUAGAUGGUUCAGAUGGAGAUGCUAUUAGAGCAGAAGCUGUCUCACAUUUCCUCAUGUCCUGUUGUAUAUUUUUCCUUGAGUUCUUCGGCCUUAGGUGCUCCUUACUUUCGCUGUUGAAAACAUAACCAGCAGUGCCAAAAUACACCUUAUCAUUACAGGUAAUGCACAAAGCUUUCAGCUGCUCACACAGCAACAAUCCAGUCUGGUAGGAGAUUCUCUGUUAAAUACCUCACACGAAUCUCCUCCAUUCUAUGCAUCUUGACUGAGGUCAUCUUUAUGCAAUUAAAUCCUAUUUUUAUUGUGGUAAUUGGUUUAGUCAGAAACCAGACCUGGAAUUGAGAUAAUAAAUGUAUGGGUUUGAAACAGAGAAGACAUGAAGCAUCUCAAAAGUGAUACGAUUGAAGCAAACUUAACAGUUGUUAGAGAAGACACUGGGCAGUCUCUUCGAGUCCAAGAUGCUAAUUUUGCUCAGCCAGCCUCAUGGAGUGAAUGAAACUAUAGGAGAGCAUCAUAACCGAAAAAUAAGAGUUUGACUUGGACUAGUCAUAAAAAUAGUAUUGGAUAUGAACUGAAGCACUUAGGGGAUAAAGAAGUACACCAUAUACUGUAUACAAGAGUAUGUGGAUACCCCUUAAAAUGAGUGGAUUUGGCUAUUUCAGCCACAUCCAUCCCUGAUAGGUGUAUAAAAAUCGACCACACAGCUGAUCAAUCUCCAUAGACAAACAUUGGCAGUAGAAUGGCCUUAUUGAAGAGCUCAGUGACUUUCAACGUGGCACCGUCAUAGGAUGCCACUUUUCCAAGUCAGUUCAUCAAAUUUCUGCCCAGCUAGAGCUGCCCCGUUCGACUGUAAAUGCUGUGUGAAGUGGAAACAUCUAGGAUCAACAACGGCUCAGCCGCAAAGUGGUAGUCCACACAAGCUCAGAACGGGAGCAAUGUCAGCACAAGAAGUGUUCGUCGGGACCUUCAUGUAAUGGGUUUCCAUGGCCGAGCAGCCGCACGCAUGCCUAAGAUCACCAUGCACAAUGCCAAGCGUCAGCUGGAGUGGUGUAAAGUUCGCCGCCAUUGGACUCUGGAGCAGUGGAAACACGUUCUCUGGAGUGAUGAAUCACGCUUCACCAUCUGGCAGUCAGACGGACGAUUCUGGGUUUGGCGGAUAGCAGGAGAACGCUACCUGCCCGAAUGCAUAGUGUCAACUGUAAAGUUUGGUGGAGGAGGAAUAAUGGUCUGGGGCUGUUUUUCAUGGUUUGGGCUAGGCCCCUUAGUUCCAGUGAAGGGAAAUGUUAACGCUAUAGCAUACAAUUACAUUCUAGACAAUUCUGUGCUUCCAACUUUGCAGCCGUUUGGGGAAGGCCCUUUCCUGUUUCAGCAUGACAAUACCCCUGUGCACAAAGCAAGGUCCAUACAGAAAUGGUCUGUCGGAUCUAAGGCACGAGGCGUCACUACAGACCCAGGUUCGACUACAUUUUGUCAAUUGCAAUAGUAAUAUAAAACUUGUAAAUGACAAUAUUUCAUUGUGUUACUAAUUCUUUGAACUCGUGUGUGUUCUAUCCUAGACUGUUCUUAUCUAAGAUCACUAUAAAACCCACACCCAUAGCCUUGAACUCUUCCAUUUUGUUUGACGUUCUUCCUCGGUACACGUGGAUCAACAACACUCUAUAUCCAUGCCAACUUGAUUGUACUGAAGGAUCCUCCACUUUCUUCUUUGCUCGUCUAUUUGCCAAACAAAGAAGAAUCAUUAUUUGUUGACAUUUUGCCAUAUAAAUGUGCUGUACCCAAAUAGGAUUAAGUUCCUCUAUUGAUCAGAAAGGUACUCAGUGACUGAACCCCUCUUAUUUUAGCCUGGUCCCAGAUCUGUUUAUGCUGUCUUGCCAACUCCUAUGGUCAUUGUCACAUCUGAUGUGAGACCAGGCUAUCUAAUCAUCUCUCAUUUAUUAGGUUAUUCCUGGUUGGUAGAUGUUGUCAGUCUUGGUUCUGAAUUCUGAGUUAAUCUGUCAAUGUACAAAGUCCUUUCCAAUGCUGCUGAUUUGUUAAUGUCAUUACAAUAAUGCACUGUACACAAAGCAAUAACUGCCUAAGUGUCUGGUUGAUUGCCUGAAGAAAGGCAUUUGAAAACCAUAAUGUCAAACCAUUGGGUUGUAGAGACAAUGAUGAGAAAUGAGAUCAGAGAAGUUGAUGUCAGACAGACCCAUUGGGAAAAUGCAUAGUCAAUUAUUUAGACAUUUCAACAGUAAAUACACGGUACUAGAGGUCAUUACAUGGGUGACUGACGAUAGGAAAGCACUGAAAGUAUCGACAUGUGAGGAGUCAUGACAUAUUCACCAGUAUUAAAGCGUACAAAGAACAGACUUUUCACUGUCACGCAAUAUGUAUUUUGUAUCUAUGGUCCAAAUAAAACAUUGUGUACUACUCGUUCUUUCAUA